UCUACUACGCAUCGGUGUAUGUGCAUACAUACCUGCAACAGCCUGCAAAUCUGCAGCCAUCGAAACCUGCAGGUCGAAACUGACUAUCGAGUGCCGGGGCAGAGAAAUAUAAGACCCUUUUGCAAACUAACGCUAUAUAAGUACUGUAUAUUUUAGUGCUAAUAAAUAUUUAUUUCACUUUCAUCACAAUGAUGCUUCACAAAGUCAACGCUCUCAGAGUGUGUCGAUUAUGUGGAAAAGAAAAACAAUUGGGUACUGAUCUCUUUGAGGACAAAAUAAAGGGUUCAGUGAUUAUAUCAAUAAUUAACAAAUAUUUUGCAAAAGAUAUAAUAAACAUUUCCAUUGCAGAUGCUUUUUCCAAGUAUGUUUGCAACGAUUGUGAGCAAAAAAUCUGUGUUUUUGAUGAAUUUUGUUUGAUGGUGGCUAAUGUACAAAAGCAACUUGCUGCACCAACCCUAGAUAUUAACUUUGCUGAGGACAUGCUGUGUCACUUGAAAGAUACAAGCUUAACCGAAAAACCUGAUCAACAACAAAUAGAUAUGUUGAAAAAAAGAAAGCAAAUGUGUCACAUUUGCGGAAAAAGUUUCAGGUGUCUAGCCCACUUGAAUAGGCACAAACUUAUUCACACAGGACAAAGGCCUUACAUUUGUGAUGUUUGCAACAUGUCCUUCAAUCAGCACGAAGUUAUGACAAAGCACAAACAAAUUCACGAGGGAAAAAAAUCGUUUCAAUGUGCCAACUGCCAUCAAUCGUUUCGCUACAAAGUUUCUCUGAAGUCCCACGUAAUGAAUUAUCAUUCUGGUAACAAUCAAGCCGUCAUUGGCAACGAUUUGAUAAGCAUGCAGGAUCAUUCACUACAGUGCAUGGAGUGUGGAAAACAGUUUGCCACGAGAUACAAGUUACAAAGGCACAUGAGAUGCCAUACCGGCGAAAAGCCGUUCAGAUGCAAUUAUUGCGAUCGCUCAUUUUCGCAGACCGGCAAUCUAAAACUGCACCAGAUCAAAUACCACCAAAUUCCAUGUCCCAUUAUUCCCGAUACUCAAGAACCACUGCAGCAGCAACAUACGAUCGAUCAGACGACAGAUUGCAGUGUAGCCAAUGCGAUGAGCACCUUCCAGCCAAUCUUCCUUACCGAGACCGAGAUUCAGGACACCAUCAACGAGACCAUUAAUUCAACGGCCACUUCGAGUUCUUCGUAUCUCAACAAAUCUUACGACAAUCAACUUUACAUCGACGACGAGAUCGAGAGGAUGCUAGAGCAGCAGAAAUAUACCACUUCGACCCAGGAAAAAAUCUCGUUUUGUUUAAAACAGCCAGAAACUCCGGAACUGCUACACAGCUUGCUCUAUGGUGAUUAAAAAAUUUAACAUUAGUUUUUUUGGUGUUGAAUGUUCAUUAAAUGAACUCGUAUAUUGAAUACAUAUGCAUACUUGUAACUUUCGUACUUGAAUUUAAAAAACGUAUUAUAUCUAGAUCCACUAUAUCUAACCACAAUUGUUGUCUAUUUAUUUAGCGAGUGUUUAAUAAAAGUGAAGAGAAAUAACCAUUUUUAAAUAUGACAUACGUGAGUGAUUCAUCAUGUAUUUACGAUACCUGUGAUUAG